GACGAUGUAGUCGCAAUCGAGAUGAUGAUACUAGAUUUGUUUAUGGAAGAUAUCGACAACCAACAACACGAAGUCCUUUCAGAUCUCAUCAACAUACCUCAAAGUUACAUGAAGAAGAAGGAAUUUAUGAAACUGCUGACCCUGAUAGGGGCUCACAUCCACGGGGUGAAACCCCAGAUAGUGAAAGGUAUCAUAUACAAUGAUGCAUUUAUUCAAGCUCAACAACCAUUAGCCCGGUGGACGAGUGAAGAAAGAGUUCAACAUCGUGCACCACAGCAGCCACCAUCUCUCGGAUCAACAUCUGGAUCUAUGAUACCAUCUCAUCAACAAAUGCGCACUGAUCCAUUGUCUAUAAAACAUCGCGGCUAUUAUCCAUCUCCGCCCCAUACUGAAAAUAAUGGUCUUAGUAGUGACGAAACCAUUAAUACUCAACUGCAGAGACGAGAAAAUAUUUCAAAUAUUCCUGGAAUCGAUAUAAAUCAUAUAUCUAAAAUUAAAUCAUGCACACUAGAUGAUAACUACAGUUUAGAUUGUAACAUAAAUAAUGGCUCUUUAAAAGGAUUGAACAUCAAUAAUGCUAGUGAUAACGAAAAUACUACCUUACUAAAUCCUCUGCAUUUUCCUGAGUACAAGCAUUAAUAAAUGACAAUUAAUAUAAAAAAUAGUGGUGUUUCUAGGCAGUUUGUUGUACAAUUCAUGAAAUUAGUAUACAAAACCGAUAUGAGAGGGCGGCAUAUGCAAAGGAGAAUAUUAAAAUAUCUGUCUGAACAUCA